CCAGAGCUGGCACCUGAGGCUCCCUGGGGAGCAGGGAACAGCUCUGGGGCUCGGAGGUCUCCAGGAGGGGAACGUGAUGGGAUGGCGGGAUGGACAUAUCCAAGGGAGCGUGGGAGCGUUGCCCAUGGGGGUCUGCGUGUGGUCACCCCAUCGUCCCCUCCAUGCGCCGGGGUGCAGCUGGUGCUGCCCAGAAGAGCCUCUGCCACCCGUCACCCUGCGCCUGGUGUGGAGAGACCCAUCACUGUGUUCUGGUGCACCACGGUGAAAACGAGAGAGAUCGGGGAGGCGAAAUAACAGCGGAAAGAGAACAAAAGACGCGCUCCGUCUGGUUUCCAUUGGGGUUAGAUUCUAAGGAUCCAUCAGAGAGGAACCUCUUGCUUUUGUGCCCGUAGGAUGCCGGGGGCGUUAUCCAUUCUGCACAGCGCGGUGGUGCCCGGCUUAACCACGGCUCUCGGCCACCUUACGUAACGUUAAUAAUUUCUUAAUCUUGUUUUUUUUUUCUUCUUUUCCCCUUGCAGGCAAAGCAGAUGAAGCGAAUUUAUCCUGAGUCAGAAGCGGAGUGUUUUCAGAGGGGGUCAGAUCAGCCCCUGUGGGUUGACGCAGGUUUCCCAUGGGAAGAGCCGGUGGAGCCGAUGCGGUGACGUCCCCCUGAGAUGGGGACACUGUCCGGGUCAGUAACCCGGCUGUGGGCUGGGCUGUGCUAGGUGGGGACCCCCUUCUGUCCAUGGGGACCCUCUUCUGUCCGUAGGAACCCCCAUGUCGGGAAAAGCCCCUAAGGACAAGGAAAGUUAGGCCUUCCUAAAGCAGUGCUCUACGUUAAAUACGUGUUUCACUAUAGGAACACUGGAAGACUAAAAAAAAGUAAAUAACUAAGCCCUGAGAAAGACGUGAUUUUAAAACAUUUACAGUUAAAUUAGUGCCAAGGAUGUCUGUUUACACCCCAGCAAAAUACCCAAUUUUAUCCAAAGGUAUAAAAUCCAGUGGAGAGCGCGGCCGGGGUUGCAGGGAGCGCCUCCGCUCCUCACGUCCUUUUUCUUUGGGCUGAAAAACCUCUAUUGUGGCUGAUUUUUACGCUGUGCCCUCGCACCGCUGCGUUUCCCAGCCGGCCCCGUGUAGCUCGGCUCGCCCUGAUUUUGCCAUUUUUAGGGCUAAAGUCUGAAGGAAGCUGUAACCCUCGAUUAGGGAUCUCUUUGGAAAACUUUCCGCUGUUGGGAGCGAUUGUUUGGGGUGAGGGAAACGCGCUGCUCUGCGUGGUCCUCCCUGCCAAACUUGCAGCUAGAGCAAAGCCUUACAGCAAUAAAUCCCCAAAAUGAAAGGUUUACGAUGGAAAUGCUGACAAGCCCUUAACUAACGCAUUACAAAUGGCAGUGGUACAAUUCAGUAGCUAUAAGCUAAAUUAGCGGCAGCACGGGCAGCCUUCGAGGAUUGCCGGAGCGAGCCGGCCUUGUCUCCGUGAAGACUUUUCUGGGUCGAACUUGCGCGCAGGUGCAAAAUGCGGGAUGCCGCUUUGGUUUUUCGUGAAGUUUUUUGGACGACAGUUGGAAGAACAUCCAUCAGGUGAGGAGAGGGAGAGAGAUGGAGGUCGAGCUGUGACUCCGGACCUUAGGCAGCAAGGCGGUGGCAAAAGUGGGAAUAAAACCCUGGUGGUUCGCCAGCCUGCCGUCCCUCAGCAGUCUGGAAAAAUGGCACCAGCGACGGCAAGAGAAGCGGGAGUGUGGAGACAGACCCGGGCUCUCUUAUUCAAGAACUGUCUCAUUAAGUGCAGGACUAAAAAAAGCAGCGUUCAGGAGGUCCUUUUCCCGCUCUUUUUCUUGUUUUGGCUGAUUCUGAUGAGCAUGAUGCAUCCGCACAGGAAAUACGACGCUGUCGCCAACACCAACCUGGGCACCCUGGACGCCUCCAUCCUGGUGAAUUUUGUCAUCGGCUACACGCCGCCAACCCCCAUGGCACGAGAAAUCAUGAAGAAAGUGGCUUUUGAUAACUUCGAAGACGGCAUCAUCACAGAGGAGUAUUUAAGCGAAGAGGAGCUGCAAGCGGCCAGUGCUUUUAAACCCUCCAACUUCGUGGGGGUGGUGUUCACCGACGCCAUGUCCUACCAGCUGAGGUUUCCCGAUUCGGUCGCCAUGUCUUCCAUUUAUAUGGAAUCGAGAGCCAGCUGCUCCAACUUGCGGAAAGGCUGUGAGUCGGUGACGUACUGGACCUCGGGAUUUACAGCUCUGCAAGCCUGCAUUGAUGCUGUGAUUAUACAGCUGAAGACGAACCACUCGGUGUGGGAACAACUCCAGUUGACGAGGGCCAUGGUCAUGGGAGAGGCCGCGGUGGUGGAAAUUGAUAAUUUCCCCCGCGCGAUCAUUCUGAUUUACCUCGUCAUCGCUUUCUCGCCAUUUGGGUAUUAUCUGGCCAUUCAUAUUGUGGCAGAAAAGGAGAGGAAACUGAAGGAAUUCUUAAAAAUAUUGGGACUUCACGACACUGCCUUUUGGCUUUCCUGGGUGCUGCUCUACAUGAGCCUGAUUUUUGUCAUGUCCAUUCUCAUGGCGGUGAUUGCCACGGCCUCCUCCCUCUUCCCCCAGAGCAGCGCCUUCGUCAUAUUUCUCCUCUUUUUCCUGUAUGGAAUCUCCUCGGUUUUCUUUGCACUUAUGCUGACGCCUCUGUUUAAGAAGUCGAAGCACGUGGGUAUCGUGGAGUUCCUGGCCACGCUGGCGUUUGGGUUCGUGGGCCUCAAUAUUGUCCUGCUGGAAGAUUUCCCCAAGUCUUUCGUCUGGGUUUUCAGCCCCUUGUGUCAGUGCAGCUUCUUGAUCGGUGUCGCCCAGGUCAUGCAUCUGGAGGAUUAUGAAGAUGGCGCCACAUUUUCAAAUCUAAAUCACGGCCCUUACCCCCUCUUCAUCUCUCUCAUCUUGUUGGUGCUGGAUAGCAUAUUUUACCUGCUUGUCGCCGUCUACCUUGAUCAGGUUAUCCCAGGGGAGUUUGGACUGCGCCGCACGCCGUUUUUCUUCAUGAAGCCCUCGUUUUGGUCAAAGCACAGAAAAAAUUACAAGGAGUUGUACGAGAGCAGCGUCAACGGCAGCAUAAGCUUCAGUGAGAUCGUGGAACCCAUGCCUUCCGAGUUUCAGGGCAAAGAGGCCAUCAGAAUCAGCUGUGUUCAGAAAACAUUCAGGAAAAAGGGGGAAACUGUGGAGGCUCUCCGAAAUUUAUCCUUCGACAUCUACGAAGGUCAGAUCACGGCUCUGCUCGGGCACAGCGGGACGGGGAAAACCACGCUGAUGAACAUCCUCUGCGGGCUGUGUCCACCCACUGAUGGGUUCGUCUCCGUCUAUGGGCACAAAGUCUCUGAAAUCGAUGAAAUGCUCGAAGUGCGACAGAUAACGGGGGUGUGCCCCCAGUCCGACAUCCACUUUGAUAUAUUAACCGUGGAGGAGAAUCUCUCCAUAUUUGCUGCAAUUAAAGGAAUCCCUCAGAACGAUUUGAUACAGGAGGUGCAGAAGGUGUUGCUGGAUUUGGAUAUGCAGCCGAUCAGGGACAACCAAGCUAAAAAAUUAAGUGGGGGGCAGAAAAGGCGGCUGUCGGUGGGAGUUGCUGUUCUCGGGAACCCCAAGGUGUUGCUGCUGGAUGAGCCGACGGCGGGUAUGGAUCCGUGUUCGCGGCACAUCGUCUGGAACCUCCUGAAAAACAGAAAAGCGAAUCGCGUGACCGUUUUCAGUACCCACUUCAUGGACGAGGCGGACAUCCUGGCCGAUCGUAAAGCUGUGAUUUCUCAAGGGAUGUUGAAAUGCCUUGGAUCGUCUCUCUUUCUCAAAAGCAAAUGGGGAAUUGGCUACCGCUUGAGCAUGCACAUCGAUGCCUACUGCAACACGGAAGCGACCACCUCGCUGAUCAGGCAGCACAUCCCCGCCGCCAGCCUCAUCCAGCAGAACGACGAGCAGCUCGUCUACACCCUGCCGCUCAAGGACAUGGACAAGUUUGCAGGCUUGUUUUCCGACCUGGACACUCAUUCCCAUUUGGGCGUCAUCACGUACGGCGUGUCCAUGACGACGCUGGAGGAUGUCUAUCUGAAGCUGGAAGUUGAGGCAGAGAUCGAUCAAGCAGAUUAUAGCGUGUUCAAUUCCCAGCAAGUGCAGGACGAAGUGGACACGAAGUCCCUUGACGAUAUGGAGCAGAGCCUCCUCGUGCUCUCGGAGACGAAGGCGCCAGCGAUGAGCAAUACAGCCCUCUGGAAGAAGCAGGUUUCCACCAUAGCCAAAGUUCAUUUCCUUAGUCUCAAGCGGGAAAACAAAUGCGUGAGAGUGAUGUUGUUGCUUUUUCUGAUUUUUCUUGUAGUUCAGAUUUUAUUGUUUUUCAUACACCACAUCAUCAAAAAUUCUGUAGCUGCUAUCAAACUUUCCCCAGAUCUGUACUUGCUGAAGCCCGGCGAGGACUAUCACAAGUACAGGAGUCGUCUCCUGCUGCAGAACUCCACAGAAUCGGCUAUCGAUGACAUUGUCCACUCUCUUGGGAGCAUGAACGUACUCUGGGAGAUGUUCAACGACAGCGAUUACGUCUCGGCUGCCCCUCACAGCGCGGCUUUGAACGUGUUUGACCUUGAAUCCAGCCAGAACUACAUUUUCACGGUCGUGUUCAACAGCACCAUGGUGCAUUCCCUGCCGGUGUUGAUGAAUAUUGUCAGCAAUCUGCUCCUGCGCAAUUUAAACGUGACGGAGAGCAUCCAGAUCUGGAGCAACCCCUUUGUUCAGAAUCUUCCAGAAACAAUUUUCAGACUGGAGAUCUAUUUUGAAGCUGUGUUGCUGGGAAUAAUUAUCACUGGGAUGCCGCCCUAUUUUGCCAUGGACAACGCAGAAAACCAUAAGAUCAAGGCGUACACGCAGCUGAAGAUCGCGGGGCUUUACCCCUCCGCGUACUGGACCGGCCAAGCCGUUGUCGACCUCCCGCUCUUCUUCUCCAUCCUCGUCCUGAUGAUCGGCAGCCUCUUCGCCUUCCACUACGGCGUUUAUUUCUACGUGGGCAAGUUCCUCGCUGUGAUUUUCUGCCUGAUCGGUUACGUCCCGUCAGUCGUGCUCUUCACGUACGUCGUCUCCUUCACGUUUAGGAAAGUCCAGAAUACAAAAGAAUUUUGGUCAUUCAUAUUUUCAGUGACAGCCUUGCUCUGUACCGUUGUCACCGAAGUGGCCUUUUUUCUGGACUUUUACCUGGUAACCACCGUCCUGCAUUAUGUCUUCUCCAUCUUCAUUCCUAUUUAUCCCCUUAUUGGCUGUCUCAUUUGCUUUAUAAAGGUCUCAUGGAAAGGCAAGCGAAAGAACGGAGGAUACUACGACCCGUGGGACCGGCUCCUGGUAGCGGUUAUAGCUCCCUAUUUGCAGUGUGUCGUGUGGCUCUUCCUACUGCGAUGUUUCGAGCUGAAGAAUGGCGGGAGGACAGUCAGAGAGGAUCCAUUUUUCAGAAAAUGUUUUACAAAAGCCAAAGCCUGGAAGUUCCCCGACGUCCCGCCAGAUGAGAGCGAAGAUGAAGACGUGAAGACGGAGAGGCUGCGCGUCCAAGAAAUACUGAGCAGCCCCAAAAGCGAGGAGAUGCCAGCAAUCCUGGUCAGCCGCUUGCACAAAGAGUUUGAUGAGAGAAAAGAGUUCCUUCUGGGGAGGAAAAUAAAGAAAGUGGCAACGAAACACGUGUCUCUCUGCGUAAAAAAAGGAGAAAUACUGGGGCUCUUAGGACCCAACGGAGCUGGGAAAAGCACGUUAAUUAAUAUGCUCGUUGGAGAGAUUGAGCCAACCAGUGGGCAGGUUCUGAUGGGAGAUUAUUCUUUUGGAGUGAGCAGCGAGGAUGACUCAGUGAAAUUUGUGGGGUACUGCCCGCAGACGAAUCCGCUUUGGCCAGAUAUCACGCUGCAGGAACACUUUGAAAUUUAUGGCGCUAUCAAAGGAAUGAGUCAGACCGAUGUUAAGGAAGUCAUAAAACGCAUCGCGAGUGCCCUGGAUUUGAAGGACCACCUGCAGAAGACGACGAAGAAGCUGGGCGUCGGGCUGAAACGCAAGCUGUGCUUUGCCCUGAGUAUGCUGGGCAACCCCCGGGUCACGCUCUUGGAUGAACCCUCAACUGGGAUGGAUCCAAAAGCCAAGCAGCACAUGUGGCGGGCGAUUCGGGCAGCGUUUAAGAAUAAGGAGAGAGCAGCUAUCCUGACCACUCACUACAUGGAAGAGGCGGAUGCUGUUUGUGACCGUGUGGCCAUCCUGGUGUCCGGGCAGCUCAGAUGUAUAGGUACCGUCCAACACCUGAAGAGUAAGUUUGGCAGAGGAUACUUCCUGGAAAUGAAAUUAAAAGAAACAGCAGAUGUGCAGCAGGUGGAGUAUCUGCAGAGCCAGAUUUUGCACAUCUUCCCGAACGCCAAUCGUCAGGAAAGUUUCGCUUCUAUUUUGGCGUAUAAAAUUCCUAAAGAAGAUGUACAGUCGCUUUCACAUUCUUUUUCCAAGCUGGAAGAAGUAAAACACGCGUUUAACAUCGAGGAGUACAGCUUUUCUCAGGCCACACUGGAACAGGUUUUUGUGGAGCUGGCGAAGGAGCAGGAGGAGGAGGACAGCAGCUUCGGCACGCUGAACAGCACGCUGUGGUGGGAGAGGACGCAGGAAGACAGAGUCAUCUUCUGAGCUCCGUACGGUCCAGAUCUGCUCGUCAGCUCGAGUUUUGCGCCGGCGAUCAUCUGCACACACGGUGGGCCUGUGUGUGGGGAAAAAAAAUCUGAGCUGGGAUGGUCACGGAAAAUGGCAUUUGGAAGCACUGAGCACGUUCCACCCUCCCAGCCUUAGGAAUAACGCCCCAAGGGCGGUGAGCAUCCCCACCGUUCUUCUGGCUGGUCUCAAACUCCUCCUCCCCCUCGCUGUUUCCUGGUUUGCGUUGAGCGGGACGACGCUGCCCCGGAAAAUGGGUCGUCUCCUGGUGUUGGUGGCGAGUCGGUGGCUUGGGCAGGAGCAGCCGCCUGCCUGCCCCCGCUCGGCCCCGCUGCCCCGGCGGCGCCGGCUGCCCGCCGUCCGGCUCUCCUCGCUGGAAGUCGUGCACUGGAGCAAAACCAGUUGCUGCUGGAGCGUGACUGGUUCGCAGGGUCUCGUCGGGCACUGCCUGAUGAGGUGCCCUGCGGACGCGUGUCCCUGCGAGGUCCUGCUCCCUCCCCGCUUACGCUUAGAAGAUGCACCUGCUUUGAAGAGACGGGGGGGGAAAAAACCCGCUCCAAAGGAAUUGUAUUCACUGCGAAGAGGGUCCGGAAUUUCACUGCGAGCUUAGCUUGUUAGCCAACCAAUGUGAAAAUGUUCCUUUACAGAUAUAAUAUGGCACGCGUCGGCACUCGCAUUCCCUUCGACUGCAAGUUGGCGGAUGGGGGUAACUCCCGCUGCCGGCCGGGGGGGCGUUGGUGUUUGUAAUGCAUGCGCUGUGGGGUUACAGGGGGUGCCCAGAAGCGGAUGCUGGUUGUUUGUUCCGGCCCCCUCUCCCCCCCCCAGCUUGGUAAAAAGUACAAAGACAUAACUGUGUAGUUACGGGAUUUGCAGAGAUGUGAGUAUUUCUCGUCUUCAUUAAAAACGGUCUAAUUCUUUUGUUGGGUGUAACGACGCGUCUCCUGCCAGCUGGCUUUAGAGACGGUCCUUUGGAGAAGUUUUCAUUUUUCUUGACAGUGAAUUCAUAAGUACGUGCAAUGACACUUCCUAAUCCGUCUUUGUUGUGAUAGCAGUACGUGAUGCAGCGGUGUGCUCAGCACAGGGCCCUUUGCUUCGUCCUGGCCUGGCAAUUCUUCAUUCACCUUCGUUAACCCCAAAAAACAAGGUCCAAAUUCGCAGCCGCAUCGGUAGGAAUGGUGCCUUUGGCUUGCAUAGAAGCACUAAGAAGAGCAGAAUAUGUGCUCCUUUAUCCUAAGAUGUGAGAGAUGUAUGUCGGAAGCAUAUUAUUUUUUCGUUUUUUCUACACAAAGCUAUCAUCACUUUUUUAGUUUUAUAAGGUGAAAUUAAAGAUUGCUAAUGGUUCAUUGUGUUCUGCAAUGAACAAAUAUAGAGAUGCAUUUAUAGCAAAACAUUGGCUUCAUAAGUCACAUCAAUUAUAUAUCUUCACUUUAAAGUUAGAAAAGACCUUUGUUUUUCUUGCGAAAACCCAAAAAAACUGUGGCUUAAGGUGGAGCGCUGUGUCCCGGCUGUUUGUAAUUAUCAGGCGGUAACAUGUGUUAUGUGUCUGAUAAUGGUUUAUCAGCCCGCUGAGCCAAAAUCUGUUUUCCUUAGUUUCUUACUCUUAAGAUGUGAACUCUACGUACAACUUUUGCUUCCCCUUUCGUACCCGUAGGUUGCGUAUCAACGCACGGAUUUCGUUUUGUAGUUAAAACCUGAGCCCAAGAGCUGCAGAAACACCUGGACGUGCCGUUUGCAUCCCUGGGGAAAGGUCCCUUCCCCUCGGGAGCGCAGGCUGAACCUGCCCGUGAUGCUGCGCCCUGAGCUGUGGUACUCGGCGUAUCCCAACUCUCCUGGGCUGGGAACGAAACACAGGUGGAAAACAGGAUUACACCUCCAGCCUCUAAACUGCAGCUCCAGUAACAGCCUUCCUAGGGCUGAAGCCUCCCUGUAAGAAGAGAAAAAGCUCUUUUCUUCACGCAGCUUUUUAUUUAGCCCCUGGGAGCCCCCAGCCCCUUUCUCCGCGCCGUAUCCCUGCUGCUGGCUGCUAUCUCUGAGCGUUUUCCUUUGUUUGGAGCAAAGGCGGGACCCAGAAUUUCGUCUCGUGAUGCCUUCCCAUGUCUGUACGUACAAGCUAAGGGCGUCUUCUCCAGAUCCCACGCUUCUUACUUCCAUCUCUUUUUGUAAAUGUUUUUUUCAGCUGAGUGUCACCUGCCCGUCUGUCCAGCGAUGGGCCGCGCGCCCCUGCCAGGUGAAAUUAGGAAAGUCCAGUUGUGGCCUGUUAGCCUUGGUGUCUUAAUUUUAUUCUUUAACUUAAGAGUUAAUAGGCUGUAAAGCUGUUUGGUGCUGUCUGGCUGACAUCACCCUGUUUCAAACAGUUUCUUACGUUCUAACGUUUCGCGUGGAUGGUAUGAGAGCUUUCAUCAGCCCCUAGAUUUGUUCAGCCUGGGACUGUUGGUGUUUGUCCUGGAGUCGCGCAGCUGAUGGUGGCACCGUGUUUGUGCAGCUACGCGUCCAAAGAAUGCGGCUCGUCACAUUAACUGCGUAUUUGGGUGGGAUGUUUUUGGUGCGGCGACGUCGCGUGUCGAUGGGGCGUAGGGUGCCUCCCCACAGCAUCGCUGCAAUCAGUGCAUCGUGUCAGAAGUCUGUCAUAUGAUGUCUCUAAUUGCCAGAAUAGGGAAAAACAUGGGUAAAAUUAAACUAGAGAGUCCCCUGGAAACUUCAGAGCUUUAUUUCUGCAAUUUUUGUUGGGUUGUUAUCAGUGACAGGCCGAAUCCCAGCCAUACCAUACCCCCCCCCCCCCCCCCCCCAGUUCAUGCUCUAGGAGAUAAACCGGGGCCGAGGCAGCUGGGGUCGGGCUGAGCGUGGGACUUGGGGGCAAAUCCGUUCACUUUGUGCCACCCGACCCAGGUUUGGGUUCCCUUGCAGCGUUGUUGUGAGAAAGAGUUAGCGAAUACAUCCGAAACUUGGAAGAUGCAUUUACGUUGUGGCGUUACUACAAGGCUGUAUUUUUGUAGGGAGGAAUUUAACGUGUCUGAUUUUGUUUACAUUACCAAGAAAAGCCCUUAUUUUAAAAAAUACCUCUGUAUAGCGAGUGAAGUCUGUUGCGUAGCCGACAUCCCGUAGCAGGAAACAGAAGGUAUCGAGUCUAAAGGUGACACGUUUGUAACGCUCCUCCUGACGCUGCCGUCGGGCGCUUCGAAUCGUUUGCGGUUUAUUUUAUACACCUGCCUUUCUUUUACCACUUUGCUGUGUUUGUAAAGUUGAGGUUUUUCCUUUCCCAGCAGAAAGUACUACUGAAAUAAAGAUGGA